AUGAAUACAACAUUUUGCGCAUAUCAAAAUCUUCCUUUUCACCGCAAAAACGGAAAAAGGGACAACAUUUAUUACCAGGUCAUUCGGAGGCCGACGAACGGCACCAGUCUUCGUAGAGAUCUGAAAAUAAUUCGAUCUCUGGUUCAGAGGGAAGGUUCAAGCUUCCUUGAAGUUUGGCGUAAAAAUACCAAAAACCCUGUUGGAUUUGACAGUCAGCACUUGUUCUUCGACAGAUUCAGAACUUGCUACACUAGUUAUGGCUUUGAGGGCAAGCCAGAACUUUUAUACCAACAGAAUUCGAGAAAGAUUGAAUCUGCUCUGGUUUUCGAGAGCCCCGUGGAUCAGACCUCAUUUCUUGACUGCAGUGAAUCAAGAGGGUACAAACCUUGCUUGCUUGCCGUCACGAAAGAUGGCUGGUUGGUCCGCCAUGACUUAAAGACAGGAGACCUAUUGGAGAGGGUCUACUUGUCAGUACAUUACAGAUUUAAACAUGUGCAAUGGGAGUCUGAUUUGCAAAGAGUAGUGCUAAAGACCGUUCACUUCUCUAGUCAAAACAGACCUUUGAUGUUUCUCUCAUUUUUAAUGGUAGCUCCUUUACAGUUCCUAGGUUUGAUGCCUAUAGAGAAAGCUAUAUUUGGUCAGGACACUGUUGAUGCUACUGCAAGCAAUGGCUUUUUGGUUAUUCUGCAUCAAUCCUAUAGAAUCAGAUUUUACAGCCUGUUAGAAACUUUUAAAAAAUACAGUUUUGAUGUACAAUUGGGAAAAAACUUAGGAACCUCAUCAUCUGAUAACAGCAUACGGGAACUGACUUCACAAUUUGGUAAUACUUGUUGUGAUCCAUUCAUUGUUGGAGCAGAACCAAAUGGAAUGCCUGUCAAUAUUUCAUUUUCAUCAAAACCUGUUGUAUUGUUUGAGGUUACAAGUAAUCAACAUUUGAUCUCCUUUGGAGGGUAUCCAUGGCAUUACAUUGCUUGUCCUCAGUCAUUUCAGGGUGUUUUUCAUGUUCGUUCAGUAAAAGACUCAAAUCUUGUAAAGGAUGGACUGCUGCAAAUGGAUUCAAUGUCUGUUGAACCGGAUCAGGCUUAUUUCCAUGCUGACAACAGUGGCCGCAUCAUUCACAUUGGUCCCCACACAAUCAGGUACGUUUGGCAACUAAUCAAUGUUCAGAUGUGCAAAUAACAGUCGGCCAUCUUUCCAACUAAAAUUUCGCAUACGAAACAAAAUCCUCAACUGGACAGUUAAAAUAUGACAGAGUAUCAUUUUAACGCUGAGGAUUUACAGUCAAACCAGGUCAAGCGUUCCCGUCGCUAACAAACUAAUGAAUUCAUUAAUGGAAAAAUGAUUUCGUUUGUUGAUUCAAUAAUCCAUUCAUAAAAUGAAUAAUCCAACGGUCAAAUUGUACCUCGAUUCAAUAAUCAAAUGUUGAUUUGGUUUAUGAACAAAAUCUACCUGUUCUUUAUUCUUGUCUGUUGUGUUCAAUCGUAUUUGCUUCCCUUUUCCUGCCGUUUUACGAUUGCGUUUUCAUUGCCUUUAAUCAAAAUAACAGCUAGAAUAGACAGACCGCAAAACGCAAAGAAACUGACAAAGGCCCAGGAUCGAAAUCCACCAAUCACCGCACAUACACUGACCUCAGUUUGACCGUCGUCUAAGAGGUCAGGCCUAGGUCUGUUGCACUGAUUAACAGCAGCAAACUGGCCAUCUGUAACAGUUUGUUUGGGUUUGAACUUCAAACUUUCUCAGCAAAAAAAGAGAAAAACAAAAUUCUGAGGUUAACUUGUGGAACAGUAAUCGAAUCAACAUUCAAAUGGAAUCGAGGCUAAAUAUGACUAUUGAUUAUUCAUUUUAUGAAUGGAUUAUUGAAUCAACAAACGAAAUUUUUUGUGACUGAAUUUUAGUUAGAUUAAUGAAAUUGACUUGGUUUGACUGUAAUUGUGUUUUGUCCAAUGAAAUUAAAAGCCAACAUACUUUACACCAUGCUCGCCGAUCCUGUUUUUGUCUUCUUGAGUGUGGAGGAGAAAAGGAGGCUUUACCUGACAUCUGGGAGGGUGGGGGGGGCUACUUUAGGACUUUUUGGGUGGGGGUGUGCUGUAGGGACCCUGGAAUCCUUAGCCUCUACUAGAGCUAGUUCAAGUGAAUUUUUCUACCCUAUACUAGACUAAACUCCCCAAAUCCCCCCUAUCCUAGAGUAGCUGUUUUCCAGAAACAACUGAGGUCACUUGCACAGUCCAGCCAAAACAAAACUGAUUUGAUUUUUUUGUAUUCUUGAGUGGUAAUUCCCUGUUUCCCUAGUCUAGACUAAAAUCUUCAGCCAUCCCAGUUGAUAAGUUUCAGUGGAAAAUGAUACCCUCUUCUAGACCCAAAUUCUAUGAUUUAUAUACCCUUCACAACGGCACAUACCUGUAUAGCCCAUAUAUGGCCUGACAUGCAUCAAGCAUUAAUUUUUUGAAGUCCUUGAAGGUUAAACUUUGAGACUAGUCAAUCUUGUUCUUACUCAUCAAAUUCGUUUCCCGAGAGCAAGCAUGCAUUUAUUGACACACCAAUGGAAAGAAAGGUUCUUCUAGAAAGGUGAAUGUAUACCUGCACCAAAAUAAAAUGCCUACAAAAUCUCAUGCUUAAUUUCAAUAAAAGAUUUAGCAAUGCAAUGCAAGUCUGUCUGGAAUAUCAAAACAGCCACUUCCAAACUCCCUCUUGGUGAAAACGUUUAUUAAUAGAUUUAUAACAUUUCAGGUGUUUCAAGUUGUGCCCAGUGGAAUCAAAACGGUCAGCGUUUGAACUCAAAAGUUGUUUUUCGCUAAAUCUGCACAACAAAAACAGCUGCUGCCCUAAAACAGUCAGGUACACUUCCUCAGGGCGAGAAAUUAAAGCCAGAAGUGAUGACCAAAUAUGUAACAUUCCAGAUGAAACGGUGUUAGAUAUAGACUAUGAAGAUGAACUUGACCUCUUAGUGGUUCUUCACUCAAAUGACUCUGGAGACAUGCCCUGUGGAGUAAUAGGACUGUAUGAUAAUCAAACAGGAUCUCUUGUGCAGGAAACUGUAAUUGAAAAUUGGACUCAAGAUGCUGAUCAUUCUAUUAUGAUGGAGAAAGACACAAUUGUUCACAUAAUGAAAGAUCCCUUCAGGAAAUUUUUCUGCACUGUUUAUCGUCUCACUCCCUAA